AUAGUAGGCUACUUAAAAUCAUUCUGCGUCCAAUUACUCUGUUGCUCCCCCCGUUUACUAUAUCCCCGCCCUUCUAGAAACUGACAGCGAUUGAAAGCAAAAGCGGGGGAUGGCAAGGAAGGGCAAUAUCAUUUACUCAACUAAAUACACCUGUAAACCGUAGUGUCUACCAAAUCUGUGGUAUACAACCGCAAAAAAUGAUCUACAAAACGCGAGAAGCGGAUUGUCGAAGAAGAUGAAGCAACCAUUACAAGAAACGGGAAACGGAACGUGUUAAACCUUUGGAUACUUUUGCCGCAAACUACGUUAUGGUUUUCAAUUAGAGACUUGCCAUAGUUUACUUGACGUUGCUUAAUUUUUGCCGCUGGGGAAAUGAGCGAUGGAGAUCUGCGCAUUUCUGACGGACUGCUGCUCAAGAUUUUCAUGAGAAAAUAACUGAUCUGCGGAGAAACUCCCUCCUGUCACAUCCCUCUCUAGCGUGGGAGCUCACAGAGAUAAAUUAUCGACGGAAAGAUUGCUUUAGGAUUUUCUGCUUUCUCGGACUCGGGAGCUGAAGAAAUAGACACACUAGUUGACGCACUGACAUACACCGAAGAGCAAGGCUGCACACAUACACGCACACGCAAUCUAGCUUUGAUGAUCGUGAAAAUCCAUGCGUAAGAAUCGUCUCCAACAAAAUCAUAAUUAAUGUGCCGAUAUUUACAAAUAUUAUCUAAAUUAUAUUAUAGUAAACCAAAAAAACUUGAGGCAGAAGGAAAGUAUAAAAUGAUAUUCGGUCUAAUACCUUAAUAUUAGACUAACCGAGAAAAUCAAGGCAUUUGACUACUGGUUUCAGUAAUAACUGUUAUGAUUACAAAAUACGAAGGAAAUCCGUUUUGCAAAACAGCUUAUAAUUACAACAGGAGACUAAUUUAAAUACAUAAUACAAUCAAAACAUGAGAGAAUUUCGCCACAGAGAAUAUACCGUAGAUUAUCCUGGAAACUGCAGCGGGAUCCUAACUCAGCGUGUAAAAUUUGAAGGGGUCUGGGGCAGGGGAGCAGUUGACAAGGAUCAGGGAGAGGCCGGCGCUACUGAGCUCUCAGCGAGACUGCCUGCCGCGGAGCAGCCGCUGCCGGUGCUGGAGAGCAUGGAAGGGGGGAGGUGGAAGGAUGAACCUUAUAUCCUUGAAGAAUUAUAACAUCCACUAUUUCAGAGUUGCAAUAUUGUUCGAGCGUUUAAUAGUUUACAGGUCAGAUAAUCUAUUAAUCAAACCUCUUAAAUAUGUAUAUACAUUAUGUGCUUAAUGUUAUCCUGUAGCUGUAUUGUAUUCGUCUCUUAAUCGGGGAAACGUCAAAUCUUUCUUGAAUAGUUGACUCUUCUACAACUGCAGUGUUCGUUUAACAGUUUUAUAUUUAUAUGUAUUGUUGUUAUUUUGAAAGUAAGUUUCAAUUAGUUUUAUACCAAAUCUAUAUCCACAGGAAUUUAAUUGACAAAAUAUUACUCAUAAUCAAUUUAUCCUCAGCAAAAACUAAAAUAAUUAAAUGUUUAUUUAAUUAUAAUAUUUUUAUUUGAAAAUAUAUUGUAUUAGAGUACUGUCUGCUAAAGUGUUAUGUGGGUAAUUGAAUGACUAUGCAGAGGAAUGCUGUUACUUUGUACAGCACUUGGAUUUGCUGGGCAGACAAACCAUUAAACUUGAUUUUCAUUGGCUUAUGUAUAUAGUUAUACAGCAAGUGUUAAAAUAAGGUGACAGCUUAAAUUUUACAAUUUUACAUUAUGUGCAGUUAUUUUGCUCUUUUUUUCAAACUAUAUUCCUAUUUUUUAAUAUCCUACUUUCGAUAUUAGACUGAUCUUUGUUUCUGAAACAGCUUUAAACAAGAACUUAAACUAUAACUCUCACCCUUUAGUAUAUUUAGAGCAAUUUCAGUUCAUUGUUUUUUCUUUUUUUUCUUUUUGCAAACAUGCAUAAUGUGGAGUAUGGUUAGAGCGUUUAAACCAUACAUAGACACAUAUUUUGCAGUCUGGAUUCAUGAGUAGAGCAUGCAUACAUUGAGCAAACAUACAUAAAUAGAUUAAGGAGUUUACAGUCAGUUUUACACUUUCAUAUUAAACCAUAACUGUGUUCAGUAUAUAUUCCGGGCAAGAAAGUGAAGAAUAAAGGAAGAACUCAGGAAAAAAAAAACUAAUUUUGGACAUUCAAGGGACUUUUCACCUUGGCUCUGAGCAAUAGAGGAGGAACAAACACAAAAAACUGACAAUAUCUGGCAAUGUUCUCAAGAUACCUGGAAUCCUGUUCUAGUUCUGAUCAACAUUUGUAGAGCACGCUCGCGCUCGCCGCAAGAGCAUAGCUACCGGGAAGCAGCCAAGCAUGGAGACCCCUCCCACUGCCCCCCCUCAGCCCUUCCGACAAUCCAGUUUUCUCAGCAGAAGGUUAAAAGGCUCCAUCAAGAGGGCCAAGAGUCAGCCCAAACUGGACCGCACCAGCAGCUUCCGCCACAUGAUCCUGCCCCGCUUCCGCAGUGCCGACCAGGACAGGACCCGCCUAAUGCAGAGCUUCAAGGAGUCCCACUCCCACGAGUCCCUGCUGUCCCCCAGCAGCGCAGCUGAAGCUCUUGACCUCACAUUGGACGAGGACGCCAUUAUCAAACCUGUGCACUCCAGCAUCUUGGGGCAGGAGUACUGCUUUGAGGUGACCACAGCCUCUGGGACCAAGUGCUUUGCCUGCCGCUCGGCCGCCGAGAGAGACAAAUGGAUCGAGAACCUGCAGAGAGCCGUCAAACCCAACAAGGACAAUAGCCGGCGGGUGGACAACGUGCUGAAGCUGUGGAUCAUCGAGGCGCGCGACCUGCCCCCCAAGAAGCGCUACUACUGCGAGCUGUGCCUGGACGACAUGCUGUAUGCGCGCACCACCAGCAAGCCCCGCACCGACACCGUCUUCUGGGGCGAGCACUUCGAGUUCAACAACCUGCCCGUCGUCCGCAACCUGCGCCUGCACCUCUACAAGGAGACCGACAAGAAGAGGCGCAAGGAGAAGAGCACCUACUUGGGUCUCGUCAGCAUCCCCAUCUCCAGCAUCACUGGCCGGCAGUUCGUGGAGCAGUGGUACCCAGUGAUCCAGCCUAGCGUCCUAGCCAAAACAGGGGGUGUUGGCGGCGGCAAGAUCAUCAACGCCUCGCUACGCCUCAAGUCCCGCUACCAGACCAUGAGCAUCCUGCCCAUGGAGUUGUACAAGGAGUUCGCCGAGUACGUCACCAACAACUACCGCACGCUCUGUGCCGUGCUGGAACCCCUGCUCAGUGUCAAGAGCAAGGAGGAGGUGGCCUGCGCCCUGGUGCACAUCCUGCAGAGCACGGGGAAAGCCAAGGAUUUUCUGUCCGACAUGGCAAUGUGUGAAGUAGAUAGAUUUAUAGACAGGGAACAUCUCAUCUUCAGAGAGAAUACAUUGGCCACCAAAGCCAUAGAAGAGUACCUCAAGCUGAUUGGACACAAGUACCUCAAGGAUGCCAUAGGCGAGUUCAUCAGAGCCUUGUAUGAGUCAGAGGAGAACUGUGAGGUCGACCCAAUGAGAAUCCCGCCUUCUGUUCUUCCUGAUCAUCAAGCUAAUCUCCGCAUGUGCUGUGAGCUGGCACUCUGCAAGAUCGUCAACUCCCAUUGCGUGUUCCCACGAGAGCUGAAGGAGGUCUUCGCCUCCUGGAGGGUGCGUUGUGCCGAGAGAGGGAGGGAGGACAUCGCCGACCGCCUCAUCAGCAGUUCCCUCUUCCUGCGGUUCCUGUGUCCCGCCAUCAUGUCACCGUCCCUCUUCAGCCUGACGCAGGAGUACCCCGAUGAGCAGACUUCACGGACCCUCACCCUCAUCGCCAAGGUGGUGCAGAACCUGGCCAACUUCUCCAAGUUCGGCAGCAAGGAAGAGUACAUGUGCUUCAUGAACGAGUUCCUGGAGAUGGAGUGGGGCUCCAUGCAGCAGUUCUUGUACGAGAUCUCCAACCUGGACAGCGUGAGCAACGCCGGCGGCUUCGAGGGCUACAUCGACCUGGGCCGCGAGCUCUCCAUCCUGCACAGCCUGCUCUGGGAGGUGAUGGCGCAGCUCAGCAAGGAUGCCAUCAUCAAACUGGGGCCCCUCCCCCGUCUGCUGAACGACAUCAGCAUGGCUCUGCGAAACCCCCACUUGCAGCGGCAGCCCAGCCACCAGGCGGACAGACCUCCCCCCGACAGGCAGGCCGAGCGGCUCCUCUCGAGGCCCAGCUUCAACCGCGGCAUGUCCUCCGACUUCCAGAGCCUCAUGAUGCGGGACCUCAACAGCUCUAUAGACGCCACUCGCCUGCCUUCCCCGACCUCCGGGCUGUCCAGCGGGGGCGGUUUAUCCUCACGGGCUGGCAUGGGACUCGACCGCGAUCACCAGCACAGGGCCUCUAAAGACGUCUUCUAUGUCACACGGCCGCCCCUGGCCCGGUCCAGCCCAGCCUACUGCACAAGCAGCUCUGACAUCACUGAGCCGGACCCCAAGGUUCUCAGUGUCAACAAAAGCGUGUCUAUGAUGGAUCUCCAGGACUCCAGAAUGAACAGCAUCUCUAACCUCCAGUCAGUGGGUGACAUGCUAAACUCCUCCCAAGCCUCCAUCGCUGGCCUGGGCAGCUUCGGGGCCCUGGGCGGGGGGCUGCGUAGCGGGGGGCGCCUGUCCGCCGGCUCAGGCGGGUCCAGCAUGUCCGGCGGGCUCCGCAUGAGUCAGAUGGGUACCACCACCGACUCCCUAUCUCAGCAGCAGCAGCAGCAGGCAGCCGCUCUCCGGUACCCGCUCUCCUUCCAGAACCCCCUCUUCCACCUGGCCACCGACGGGCCCCAGCUGCACCACCAACAGGGCCGCGGCCAGCUGCCCCCGCCUCUGCUCCUGGCCCCCGAGCCCGAGGCCCCCAACUCCAGCUACAUCCCGCCCUUUGGACACGGGGGCUUCUCCCGCAGUGAGGACCUUUCCACCCUGCGGCCCGGCGGCGGCAACCUGGGACAGCCCAGCAUGCUGCACUCACACAGCUACAGCGACGACUACACCCGGCAGAACCAGGCCGAGUUCGGGCGCCGCCAGCUGUCCCUGCAGGUGCAGGAGAACAUGCAACAGCAGCAGCCGCAGCCCCAGUCUGGCACCUCCCCCUCCUCCCUGGCCACACCCCCCUCCACCAUUCAGCCCGUCCGGCAGAACUCCAACGCCGCUCCUCCGGCACAGCGCGUCAAAUCGCAGCCCUCCCAUCAGCUGUCUGUCGGCUCAGCCGCCGCCUCCACUCCCCCGACCAAGCAGCGGCCGCCCAGUGGCAACCUGCUCCAGUCUCCAGAGGCUGGGGGCUUCGGGAACCGGCAGCAAGCGCCACGGCAGCAGCUUUCCGUCAAGGACAGCCCGGCGCCAGGGCUGCCGCACCAGCAGAGCACCACCCGGGAGGGGCCCCAGGGGCCACAGGGGGGCGGUACGCAGACCACCCCGCCAUCUCAGCAGCAGCCGCAGCAGCAGCAGCAGCAGCAACAACAACAACAACAACAACAACAGCAACAGCAGCAGCAACAGCAACAGCAGCAGCAGCAGCACCUGCUGAAACCAUCUAUCAGCAAACAGGGUUCACAGUCACCUUCUACACUCAACCCACCCACUCCGGCGUCAGAGCGAACUGUAGCCUGGGUCUCCAACAUGCCCCACCUGUCUGCUGACAUCGAGACAUCGCGCAUCGACCGGGAAGACUUUAAGCUCAAAGAGUACUCCAAGAGCAUGGACGAAUCUCGCUUGGACAGGGUACGGGAGUAUGAGGAGGAAAUCCACUCUCUAAAGGAGCGCCUGAUGAUGUCCCACCGGAAGCUGGAGGAGUACGAGAGGAGGCUGCUCUCUCAGGAGCAGCAGACCAGUAAAAUCCUCCUGCAGUACCAGUCCCGGCUGGACGACAGCGAGAGGAGGCUGAGACAGCAGCAAGUGGAGAAAGACUCGCAGAUUAAAGGAAUAAUCAACAGGCUCAUGGCCGUGGAGGACGAGCUGAGAGGGAGCCAGGUUCCUGAGCUCAAACCCCGGAUGUUUGCAGAUCAGGAAGAGCAGUAUUCCUCCCUGGGUUCUGCAGACCCCAGUGUGAAUGCCGGAGGAGGAGGAACGACCAUCACUCCCGGCUCUGGAGUCUCUUCCUCGGGCGUCUCCUCCACCAGCUCCCCCUGGAAUGGAGUCCUUCCCCCUCCCCUGCCUCCCCCUCCCCUCCCACCUCCUCGUGUGCACCUCAACCAGAAUGGAGAGCUCCGUGGCAACCCAAUGCCCUUCUCGGUGCCUGCCCAAAUGGCAGGCGGGAGCACGGCUCCAGCUACGUCAAGCCUGGGCCUGGCAGGAGGGGAAGCAGAGCAAUGACAGCCAGCAGCAAAUUAGGGACAGAGGGCACAAACGAUAGCAACUCUCCCUGCCCCCUCAUAUAUUUUCUUCCUCUUCUUUUUGCCCGGAGGUAGAAAAUAUUGCACACUUUCCCCUCCCAUUGUGCCAGAGAGAAAGAGAGAGAGAGAGAAAGAGAAAAGGGGAUAGAUAUCUAAGGAGGAAUCACACCGAACACACUGCACACAUGCAGAGGAAAAGGGCUGUCAGCUUAACCUGUUUUCAUCACGGCCAAAAUCAACUCGGGCCAGUGUGCUGUAAGGCAGCUGUAAUGCUCUCGUCUUCGAAGCCUCUUAGAUGUUAUGAGAUCCUUUUAUGAGCUAAUUAUGAUGAUUAGAUGAGCUGUAUUGAGAAAAUGGCAUAAAACAGUGUUUCAUUUCCCACGACCGUUCUGCUCUAAAUGUUUCGUCAUGUAUGGUUCAUCAUCCUAAAUUUCUGUAUUUUUUAUUUCCAUAGAAUUUCAAGGAUCACCGGUAAACGUAUAAUACUAACAAGAGAGGUUACAUUUUAAAUAGUUUCCUAGAGGUGUUCAUUGCACGUUAUCCCAUAAUUCACUGGGUCCAGAAGGGACACUCAUUUCCUGUCCUAAAAAUUUCCAGCUGAUAUUCCAUCGGUUGGCAAAUAGCACCUGAAUUAGUCAUACUACAAAGCAGCUUGUCCACAGCUUAAAAGUGCCACUUUUAAUUUCAGCAAACAUGCUAACAUUAGAUGCCAAAACCUACGAUCCCAUGUGUGAACUUGCACAGAACCUUGCACCAGACAAAAAUGCAUUGCAGUGUGAUUCAGUCAGGGACCAUGGUAGCAUGGUCUGACUUUCUCAGUGCCUUUACUAUCAGGAGUUUUAAGAAGUUCACCUUUUGAAAA